AUGGGUGGUCAUGGUGGUCUGAAUAUACUGCCUCAGAAGCGGUGGAAUGUGUACAACUUUGAUAAUAGAGAGAAGGUGCGACAGGACGAAGAAGCUGCCGCCAAAGAAGAGCAGCUCAAGCGAGAACAGUCGCGAAAGCGGGAUGCUGAGUUCCGUCUUGAGCAGCUCCGGACUGCCCGUGGCUUGGCUCCGGUGAGCCAAGGGGAGAAGCCUGCUGCAGUGGAAUCAAAGCCGGGUCAUAUUAAUCUGUUUGAAGGGAUUAAGAUUUUUGACCCUAUUAAAGGAUUAGAGAAUGAGGGAGGUGAUGGUAAAGAUGGGUUUAAGAAGAAUAAGAAGAUGAAGAAGGAGGAGAAACCCAGGGUUGUGACUGCAGAAGAUGAGAAGUAUAGGUUGGGUUAUGGAGUUGCUGGUAAAGGAGUUAAGCUGCCAUGGUACCUUGAAAGGCGGAGUGCAGAUGCAAAUGAUGACAGUGGUGACGGUGAUGAAUCGUCCAGAGGGGCUAAGGGGGAGAUGAACAAGAGUGGGAAGAAGACGUUGGAAGAAUUGCGGGAAGAACGAUUAGAAAGGGAGAAGCGAGAGAAAGAAAGGGAACGCGCACUGAUUCUGAACAAGACCCGAAAAGAUGGAGCUGCUUUGAAGGAUAGAAGGUUUUCUAGGAGGUGA